AUGUCGAAGCUAAUUCUUACUGCAGGUCUCUGUCUUGUAUUUGGUGGGAUGGUCUCAUCCUUCAGCCUCAUGUGUUAUUUCACCAACUGGGCCCAAUACAGAAAGGACAAAGGGAAGUUUUUGACUUCAGACGUUGAUCCACACCUUUGUACCCACAUCAUUUUUGCCUUUGGCGGCAUCGACUCGACGAAUAGAUUGACAACUACUGGACAUAAUGAUUUUCAGCUCUAUAAAUCCAUAAAUGGACUCAAACAACAAAAUCCAAAUCUUAAAACUCUACUGGCAGUUGGAGGCUGGGCUGCUGGAUCAGAAAGUUUCUCCCGAAUGGUGUCAACACAAGCCAGCAGACGUGCAUUCAUCCAGUCUUCUAUGGAAUUUCUGAGAAAAAAUGACUUCGAUGGGCUGGACUUAGACUGGGAGUAUCCUGCUCAAAGAGGAAGUCCACAGAGCGACCGGCACAGAUUCUCUUUGCUGUGCAAGGAGCUUCGGGAGGCCUACGAGAAUGAGAGCAAAUCCAAUAACCAGUCCAGGUUGUUGAUCACUGCGGGUGUGUCUGCUGCCAAUGAAAGCAUUUCUAAGAGUUACGAAGCUGCAGAGAUCGGAACGCAUCUGGAUUUCAUUAAUGUGAUGACGUAUGACUUCCGGGGCACUUGGGAGGGAGUCACUGGCCAUCACAGUCAAUUAACCAAAAUGCCAUAUGACACUGGAAGGGACCUUUACCUGAAUGCUGACUUUGCUCUGAAACGUUGGCAUGGCUUGGGAGUACCUGCAAACAAGCUGAACAUGGGCAUCGCAGCAUACGGGCGGACGUUUCAACUAGCCGGUCAUUCCAGUCACAUUGGGGCGCCAAUCAUCGGCCCUGCCUCUGCCGGUGCUUUCACGAAGGAGCCCGGAUUCUGGUCUUAUUAUGAGAUUUGCACUUUUCUUCAAGGAGCCACUGUCCGUUACACUCAGGGAGUCCCAUACGCCACCAAACACAAUGAAUGGGUUGGAUACGACGAUGAAAACAGCUGCGUUGCUAAGACCAACUACAUAAAAAACAAGAAUUUUGGAGGAGCCUUCGUCUGGGCUCUGGAUCUGGAUGACUUCAGCGGGCUGUUCUGCGGAGCAGGGAAUUAUUCCUUCAUCCGCUGUCUGCGCUCUCAAUUGGUUUCAGACAACUAUGAGGCCAACUCAACGCCAGACAAUUACAACUAUGAAGCCAACUCAACGCCAGACAACUAUGAAGCCAACUCAACGCCAGACAACUAUGAGGCCAACUCAACCCCAGACAAAUGCAAAUCCAACUCAACGCUGAUGGAGUUCAGUUAUCUGGACCACUAG